AUGAAAGUAAGAGUGGACCAUGGCCUUUCUAAGCACUGCUGUCCGAGUGCUGUCUGCUUUUGGCCGGUCCAGAGCGCUGCCCGCUCCACCACCUCCCGCUGGUACUGCAGUGCAGCGGGACAGACCACAGAGAAGAGCGUCCAGUACGCCAAGACCUUGAAAGAGGAAACCGGCAAAACCAGCGGCCCUACCAAGCCUCUUCCCAAAUCAGCAGAUGCAGUUGUGAUUGGAGGAGGUAGCCUAGGCUGCCAGACAGUGUAUCACCUGGCUAAAAUGGGCAUGACUAACGUGGUGCUCCUAGAGAGGGACCGCCUGACUGCUGGGACCACCUGGCACACAGCGGGUCUGUUAUGGCAGCUGCGGCCUAGCGAUGUAGAGGUGGAGCUGCUGGCCCACACUCGGCAGGUAGUGAGCAGUGACCUAGAGCAGGAAACGGGCCUCCACACAGGCUGGAUCCAGAACGGGGGGCUCUUCAUCGCCUCCAACAAGCAGAGACUGGAUGAGUACAAGCGCCUCAUGACGCUAGGGAAGGUGUAUGGGAUUGAAUCCUAUGUGCUGUCUUCCGCUGAGACGAAGGAUUUGUACCCACUGAUGAAUGUGGAAGACCUGUACGGGACUCUGUAUGUUCCCAAGGAUGGCACCAUGGACCCAGCUGGAACCUGCACCACCCUGGCCAGGGCUGCCACUGCAAGGGGGGCUACCGUAAUUGAGAACUGUCCUGUAACGGGAGUCCAAGUCCAGACAGAUGAUUUUGGGGUGAAAAGAGUGAAGGCUGUUGAGACUGAGGAAUGGGAAUUGCGAAUGGAACUGACCCCAGCCCUGGUGUGAGUGCGUUUGUGAUUGUGCUUCGCAGGCGUGUGGGCGCAGAGGCUGGGCAGGAUGGCUGGAGUGAAGGUGCCGCUCAUCGCCAUGCACCACGCCUACGUGGUGACGGAGAGGAUAGAGGAGAUCCAGAACAUGCCUAAUGUACGGGACCAUGAUGCCUCUGUGUACCUGCGUCUCCAAGGCGAUGCUCUCUCUGUGGGAGGCUAUGAGUCUAACCCGAUCUUCUGGGAUGAGGUAUCCGACCGCUUUGCAUUCAGUCUGUUUGAUCUGAACUGGGAUGUCUUCACUCAGCACAUAGAGGGAGCCAUCAACCGCGUUCCUGCACUAGAGAGAACCGGUAUUAAAUCUACUGUCUGCGGGCCAGAAUCUUUCACGGCUGACCACAAGCCCCUCAUGGGAGAGGCCCCGGAGGUGCGAGGGUUCUUCUUGGGGUGUGGAUUCAACAGUGCAGGGAUGAUGCUUGGAGGAGGCUGUGGAAAGGAGCUUGCACACUGGAUAAUCCAUGGCCGUCCAGAGAAGGAUAUGUAUGGAUACGACAUCAGGAGAUUCCAUCACUCUCUGACUGAUAAUAACCACUGGAUUCGGGAGCGGAGCCAUGAAUCCUAUGCCAAAAACUACUCUGUGGUGUUUCCAUUUGAUGAGCCCCUGGCCAGUAGGAAUAUGAGGAUACCACUUUCUAGUAGAUUUUUCCUCCAAAAAUAA